AUGACCGUGAUAGGCGAGCGUAUGACCGCAGCCUACUACAUCGCGCUCCACCUCGCCAUGGACACGUUUACCAUCCACGUCCACCACCUUCAAGGGCUGCGCGAGCCAGUCAUGCUUGGGAAUCUCCUUCCAGAGGAUUUCAGAAGACGCCACCUCCCGACUAUGCGUAUCGACCGCCUCCGCAAAGACCGGCGGGUUCAACUUCAAUGGGUGCGGGACAACAUUAUUCAAGACCGCCUCACAUAG